AUGGAUACCUCAAGUCCUGCAGUUUUUGUCAAUGGGGAAUUUCUUCGUAUGUUUAUUGGGCGGAAAGUUUGCAUAGUUGUUCAGGUGAUGCAAUCAGAUGCAGGAUCUAUAGUCGGAAAAUCAACUGAUAAUCAACAGGUUAUCGUUAAGAAAUCACAACCAACUCAGCCACUUACCAGAUAUGUUGAGGCUAUUGGUAUAGCAGACAGUAACCAAUCUGUUCGUGCUGAGAUAUUGACCAACUUUGGUGAUAAUUUUGAUGCACAGAACUAUAAUGAGCUAUGCCAGGUUGCUAAUGGGGAAUACAAACACUUGUUCCUUUGA